AUGGCCUUUUCACCGCAGCCAUCCAUCAUCCUCGUUGAGCCAAAAAUGGGCGAGAACAUUGGCGCAGCAGCGCGUGCCAUGAAGAAUUUCGGUUUAUCCGACUUGCGCCUUGUCAAACCGCACGACGGGUGGCCAAACACUCUGGCGGACGCCGUGGCCUCUCAUGCAGUCGAUUUGCUGCGCUCGGCUCGGUUGUAUGACAGCGUCGAGGACGCUAUUGCGGAUUUGGACAGGGUGUACGCCGCUACCGCGCGCACCAGGUACAUGACCAAGGCCUUCGUUACCAGUCGCCAGCUCCCAGGUGAUCUUCGUCAGCUAGCGGGUGCGGCUACGGAAGCGGCGAGGGCCUCACAAGCCGCAGCAGCCGCCGAGGCUGCUGAAGCUGUCGAGACCGCUGCGCUGCUCUCUGUCACGCAAGCAACUACCGCCAAUGCAACGCUGGAGACUGCACCCCUCAAUAUUCCCUUCCACCCUUCCUGCAAUAGAUCCACAGCACCAUCGUCAGCAGCUCCUCAGCCGUUAGAACUGCACCCACCAUCCCCAGUACCUGCGCAGUCCACGCCACUGCCACCCUUAGGGCCAUCUGCCAGCGCCGACAAGAACCCAGAUCCGCAUGCAAAUGGAGCUGGCCUGCUCCCAGUGUCACAGCCACAGCUCCGCGCAGGUGUCCGUGCGCCGCGUGCGGGUGUGUUGUUCGGUCGUGAGGCCUCAGGUCUGACCAAUGAGGAGGUGGCGGCGGCCAACAAGGUGCUCUGUAUCGAGGCACAUCCCGACUACCCAGUACUUAAUUUGGCCCAGGCCGUGUUGUGUACGGUGUACGAGCUGUACAAUGCAAGAUUGGAUGCGGUGGCAGGCGCGUCGUCUGUAGAAGCUGCUGCUGCUGCUGGAGGCGGCGGAGCUGUCGCUGUUGGCAGUAAUGCGGAGGAGCUGCGCGCUCGUGCUGCGGCGGUGCAGUUGGCCAGCCAUGGUGAGGUGGAAAAUUUCUUGCGACGGCUAGUUUCGGAGCUGGAUGACGUGAACUUUUUUGAGAGUGCAUCGAAGCGGCCGGCUACUAUGCUGAGCAUUCGCAACUUGGUGGCGAAAGCGGAGGGACUGACGGCGUCGGAGGUGGCGCUUCUGCACGGGAUACUCUCCAAGUUGACGACGGCGGCGCGUGCACGGGCACGGGUGCAAGGGUCCUGACUUGUGAAUGAGCGUGUGAGGAAGUACUGGGGAAAUGGGGUUGUUGAACAUCCUUGGAAAUAGGAUCGUGAUUCUGGUUUUGGAUGCCGUGGAGGCUAUAACCGGGUUGGCAAAAUUGGCUGUCAAGACCUAGAAGAGGCGACUUGCACGCUGCAUAUUAGUGACGUAAUUAAGCUUAUAUUCUUUUAAUAAGCAUGCUUCU